AUCCGGGUAUCUUAGUAACGCUCAUCACGUUUGACAUCCAUCACCCAAAUUACACUCCUACAACGGUGUUUACCCAGACUGCACGUGCACUGUCGUCAACUAAAUGGCUUCCUACAGACCGCCUAUCCUCGUUUCCAGGAUCAAGUUUGACAACUACGAUUCCGACCACAGUGGAUAUCUCGAACUCAAUGAGUUGAAAGAUAUUUUAUAUGAUUUGGGUAUGAGAACUGGAGAUGCCGACCUCGUUGGGGCUCUAGUUGCUUUGGAUAAAGCAAAAGAUGGUCGGGUCAGCUAUACAGAGUUCAAGGAAUGGUACAGGGAACGAGAAAAACGCAUCGAUGCGUUGACACUGCGGGAUGAGUGUCAACGUGUUCUGCUACAAGCUAUUCAGUUUUUCAAAUAUUAUGACAAAGACCAGUCGGGCCAGAUAGAUCGCGAGGAGUUCGCGCCAAUGUACGAUCGUCUUAAAAGAGAAUGGAAGGCCAUUGGAGCAGAAGUCGGAACACUGGACGAAGUUCUCAAAUCAUUCGAUAAGAACGGAGACGACAAGAUCUCCCUGGAAGAAUUCGUGCAGUGGCUGGUCAAUGCUGGAAGCAUUUGUGCCGUGACUAAAGCAACUUGACAGCAGACACUAUCAUAAAGAAGUCAGGAGUGGGACUGUAGCUGAUUGGAUAGUGUCUAUAUAUAGCUCAACACUAUACUGUAAGGACUACCAUAUGUCUGCAUUAUUGGAGACAGUCGGUCAUAUAAACUUUGUGUUUUCAUUGUAUGUUGUUAGACUCAUACAUACAGUAUGUCUGCUUUAUAAUUACAGACCUGCUUUGGUAAAUGUCAUA